GACAAAUUCGGUGGAGAAACCGAGAAUCAAUGAUAAUGACGAGCCGGUGGUGCCUUUUUUCCUAAUAUGGACAAAACCCUCCGCUGCGAACUGUUAUCCGCAUACCCCGCACUAGGUACCUUUUCGCAAACAACCCCCCCCCACGGAGAAGCCAGUGCGAGCGUCCGUAGACCGUGGCAUAGUGGCUCAAAUUAGUCCAUGGAUGUUAAGGCUUUCAACUAUAAAAAGGUGUUCCGACGUCAACAAGAAGAGGGAAGCUAGAGUGUGUACUAGGCGGCAAAUUUAACCACGAAACCACCAUGUCAGCACAAGAUUUAUCACAGUUGGCGCUGGACACAGCACAUUCAGUGCUCGCGAAGCUUCCCCCAUCUGUACAGCGAGCACUGUUGGACUCGUACGUCCAAAAAGCUCUGGGGGCGUUGGUGGCGCUACAACUCGUCAAAGGUUUGAAUAGCUAUCUUUCAAAGCGAUCACAGAACAACGGACAGAGAAUCAGCAAAUGGAGUCCACAAAAGGAGCUGGUCGUCCUCACUGGAGGAUGCAGCGGCAUUGGAAAACAAAUCAUGGAGGAUCUAUCUCGGAUGAACGUCAAAACAAUCAUCCUGGAUCUGAACGAACCAAACUUCUCGCUACCUCCAAAUGUCUUCUUCUAUGCCGCCGAUGUCACAUCCCGCGCGGUCGUAAGGGAUGUGGCAGGACAAAUCAGAAAAGACCACGGCUAUCCUACCAUCCUGAUCAACAAUGCAGGCGUCGGGUUUCCAGGAACCAUAUUAGACGAGCCGGAUGAAAAGAUCCGCUUGACAAUGGAAGUGAACACUUUAUCGCACUUCUGGACCGUCAAAGAGUUUUUGCCAAGCAUGAUCCAACGGGAUCAUGGUCACAUCAUCACGUUGGCUAGUAUGGCCAGUUUCGUCAGCUUUGGAGAGACAGUGGACUAUGCAUGCUCCAAAGCGUCGGCUUUGGCCUUUCAUGAGGGCCUGACCCAGGAGAUAAGGCACUGGUACGGCUCGAAGAAAGUCCGAACAAGUGUCAUCCAUCCCUCGUGGGUCCGUACUCCGAUGAUUGAUGCUAUCCUGAAGGCCGGAAAACAUUGGACUCAACCAGUUAUGGGACCCGAGGAAGUUUCAUCUGCCGUCACCAAACAACUCGUCUCAGGAAACGGAGGGCAAAUUGUGUUGCCCAGAUCCCAUGGUUUAGCAUCUUUAGUGAGAGGGUUACCGAACUGGCUCCAAGAAAGGGUACGCGAUAAUGCCUCCAAGCAUUUUGUCAAGCUUCGGCAACUUGAGAAGGAAAUUGGCCUAUGAGUAGUUGGUGUGGAAUUGGUGGGUUCCAGCGGCAUAUAAACCGUGGUGAAACAAGACCACCGUCUGAGUUUGGGCAUGAGCCAUGAUAGCGCAGAUAGCCAUUGGCUUUAUGUUCAUCUUUUAUUCGAUAUGGACACGUAUCGGGUAUCUUUUGUUAAGUCGGUUCUGAAGCAAUAGGAUCA